AUGAAAUUUCUAUUUGUGGAUUGCUUUCUUUCCUCAAAAUAGUACCCAGUUCCAAACUACAUUAACCAUCUUAAAAAUUUAAUUUUGCAGGCAUAGCAAGCAAAUAAACUUGAAUUAGGAUUAGAUGAUGAGAUAAUUUUCGAGACAAGGGCAUUUAAAGAUCUUUCAGAUUUACUCUAUGAUCCUAAAACUCUGCAACUAAAUGAUAAAAAGCAUAAGUUCUUAGACAUGAAUGCUAAGACUAAAUUUGAAGCAAUUGAUAUGGUUUUCAUUAUCGGCGAUGUAACGACUUAAGCUUGGGACUUUACUCUGUAUUAAGUAAAAUAUUUCGAAUAAAUGAAAUAGGUAUAAACAUUAGUGAGACUGUGUAUGCAAGUAUCAAAACCUCUAAUUGGAUUAGGUUUAGGAUUAAACUUGUUGAAUUUAUAUAGCAGCACUGGAUUACCUUUUGACUAUGUUUUUUAUGUAGAUCGUACUGAAGAGGAGCGAUCGGAGUUAAAAGCAGAAAAAUAUAAAAAGGCAUUAAUAGAUGAGCAGAGUGGAGACUAUUAUUUAUAUAACGCUCAUCAGGAUAAGCUGAACUUAGUGGGCCACAUAGGUUUCUUCAAUAAUUACUAGCUUAAAAGAAAGCAGUUUGAUGUCAGUCCAAUGAGAUAAAACUUCAGAUUGACAAGCAAUGAAUGCAUGGCUAAAGUACGUAAGAUCUAUGUCUAGCAUCCUGUUGUGAAAGGCAUUCUGACGAACCAGUUUAAAGUUAUUGUGAGACAAGCUUAAUGGUCUUCACUGCAAUAACUUCCUCAAUUCAAUCAAAAACAAACUUUCAAGACAGUGGUAGAGGAUGCGAUUACCAAGCAUGCACUUGUAAUAGAAAUGUCUAAUGCUUUUGGAAUACUAUUUGAUAUUAAUGUUAAUGAUCCCAAUUCCUAGUUUAUAUUCAAAAAUGCUGUAGCCAUAAAUAUGCAAAAGAUUAUCGAUAAUCUAUUUAACUUUUAAAAAGACAGCCCAAAAUGUAUUUAUGAAGAGGUGAGCAAAAGAAGUUUCUUUGGAGGUGCAGCAGCUAAUAUUAGCUAAUAAACCCCUCUGAAGAAAUCAUUUUUUACUAUGAGAGGCUAAGAAAAUCAUCUUAAAUACUCAGGGUAAAAUGGUAUUUCAAAUAAUCUAAGCUAGUCUGAUUUAAUUGAUAAUAACACUCUUGAUAAUAUGACAACAGAAAGUAAGGCCAAUAAUAGAAGUGUCUUGAUUCUACCAAAAUAAAUUAAGAAUAUUUAUAGUGAUCGAAGGGAUUCUUAAGAGUUUACUGAUAAUCAGAGGUCUCGUAGCUUCUUAUAAUAAUCAACUGAGAAUAUCCCCUAAAUAAAUUGCAAUGAUAAAUUUGAAGAAAACUUCUUCAAAAAGAUCUUGAAUUAGUCUAGGAACCUCAGAAGUCCAAAUUAUGAUUAGCCUAGUAGUCAAAAUCAAUAAAGAAUCUAGUUCACUAUAGAUAACUCUAUCUACUAGAAUAGCUAUGCUGAGUCUAAAUAAAUUUCAAUUAGGCGACCUAGUAAAUUGGCUUUAAGGAGUAGAGCAUCGAUUCAUUAGAGUUUCAAUAACAUUAAGCCUUAGAAUCGAUAGAUGUCGGAGAAUAAUCUUAAAAGAAAUGAGAGCACAGCAUACUAAGACAAGAAUUCUCCAAUGAAUAAGCUCUAUAGGAAAUAUAAGGAAUUCUAGGAACAAGAGGCCUAGUUUUAGGAGAGAGACCUUAGUCAGGUUAAUAAAUCAAUGCAGGCAACUAUUCUAGGAGAAAAACUGUAUAAAGAAGGCUAUAGACCACCAGUGGAUAAGAAAAAAUGGAUAUCAUCUAGUGAUUUCAAAGCAAACGUUGGAAUAGCAUCAACAGGGAAUGGAUUCACAAAGUCAACUGAGACUUAUGUAACUCGAGAUCCUUCUGAGAAUCCUCUUAUUCACUAGUUUAGAGACAAAUCACCUAAAAAGUGGUUGUAUGGUAGCUUCAAAAUAUGA